AUGGCGCAUGUGGUUGAUCCUUUAAAAGCCAACGUUGUGAAGGGUACAGGCUCAAGUGGAGGAUUUGGCGGUAGAAAGGAAGGAGGGGAAAAUUCCCAGCUAAAAGUGGAGGGUAAAGCUCAUGCCGACGUAUUGAAAACAGAGGGAGUAGUUCGUAUCGACAAUGUUUUGUCGAAAGAGACCGCCGACGAACUCCGGAUAUUCUUGUACGAUCUCCGGUCUGAAUCAGAAAAGUUGGUUGAAAGUGGUGACAUUCAGCCCAUCGAGCGAUUCGCCAACGUGUUGUUGAAGGAGAAUCGCUGCGAUCUCACGGUUCCGCUGGGAUCCAAAAUCGUAGCCGAUUCUCUUUGCAGCGUUCUUCAGCACAGCCCAGUGGGUCACACAAUUUCCAAUUUGCUUGGGAAAGAUGCAGUGCUUUAUGAGCUAAGCUGCCUGAUUUCGGAUCCGGGAAGCCAACGCCAAGUGAUGCAUCCCGAUACCCCGUAUUUGAACGAUGAUCCAGCUCUAUACACAUGCUUUAUCGCUUUGCAAGAUAUACAAAUUGAUAUGGGGCCAACCACAUGGCUACCAGGAACAAACUCCAUGGUGGCACACAAACAGUUCAAAGACGAGGAUUGUAGUUCUGGUGAAAGUGCCAAGGACAAGCUGCUUCGAAGCACACCGGGUGUUCUGGGAACGUUGCCGAAAGGAUGUUGUGCUCUGUAUGAUUCACGAACGCUACACUGUGGAGGCGCCAAUGGCUCAAAUCAAAGUCGGGCUCUUUUCUACUUUAGUUUUAAGAACCCAAGUAUGGGAUAUCCUGGAAAUCCUGGAAGCAUACGGCGAGAAUACAUUUCUAAGUUUAGGUUGGCGGACCUACAAAAAGAAAUGAAAGCGUACGGCAGAGGCAGAAAGGACACUGUUCUAACUUUGUAG